AUGAAACUUGCUUUAACUGCCAAGAACAAGUUAGGCUUUCUUAAUGGUACUUGUACUAAAUCAACUAAAGAUGAUGUUCUGGCUAGUCAGUGGGACAGAUGCAAUUCUGUUGUUUUAACUUGGAUUCUCAACUCUGUCUCCGAAGAACUAUAUGUUGGUCAAGUUUACUCUAGUCUUGCUAGUGAAGUCUGGAGUGACUUAAAGGACACUUAUGAUAGGGUAGAUGGGUCAGUUGUGUUUGGAUUAUACCAAAAAAUUAAUUCUGUUAGCCAGAAUGGAGCUAGUGUGUCUGAAUAUUAUCAUAAACUUAACACUAUGUGGAAACAAUUUGAUGCCAGGGUCCAAUUACCUUCAUGUACUUGUGAUGCCUCUUCUAAAUACAAUGAAUUCAGUCAACUGAUUAAGCUUAUGCAGUUCUUGAUGGGAUUAGAUGACAUUUAUCAACCUGUUAGAAUAAAUCUUUUAACCAGGGACCCUUUACCUACUGUUAAAACUACCUUUUCCAUUAUUUCUAGAGAAGAAUCACACAGAGAUUCUAAUAAGUCGUCAAAGGUUCCUAAUGUUGGUUUUGUUGCCAAAACAACUCAAUACAAUGACAAUAAAAAACGUUUUAACAAAGGUCCUAAUCCCAACCUAAAGUGUACUCACUGCAAUAAGCUUGGUCAUGUGAUUGAAAAAUGUUUUGAACUCCAUGGUUAUCCCCCAAACUACAUAAAUAAACCUGGUCAAAACAGUCCCCAAUGGUCAAAAACAAGUGUGUCUGCUAAUAAUUCUGUUGCUAAUAUUAUGAAUGACCAAUCUGCUAAUACUUCCUUGAAUGCUUUAUCUGCUGAUCAAUUCUCCAAGUUGCUAGGUCUACUAAAUGAAAAUAAGAUGGAAGACUCUCACAAGUCUAAUAUGAGUGGGGCUAACCAACAUAUGGUUAUGAACAAUGAUAACAUGUUUAAUCUAGUAGAUGUGUCUGAUUAUGAUAUUACUGUAAAACAUCCUAAUGGUACUGAUGCUAAGGUUAAACAAAUAGGAUGCUUUAAACUUUCUGAGGACGUGAUCUUGAAAGACGUAUUUGUUGUUCCUGAAUACUGUGGCAGUCUCAUAUCUGUUCACAAACUAUCUAAAGAUAAUAAACUCAAAGUUGUUUUUGAUGAACAUAAUUGUUAUAUCCAGGAUGUGUCCUUAAAGAAAAACCUGGUGAUUGGUAGACAAACAGUUGGCCUUUAUUUCUGUGGUGGUAGAACACCCUAUGAGUUGCUUUAUGGUUUUGAACCUUCUCUUAAUCACUUGAAAGUUUUUGGAUGUCUAUGUUACUUUACUAUCUUAAACAACUCUGAUAAACUUGAAGAAAGAGCUGAACGAUGCGUUUUUAUGGGAUACUCUAAUUUAAAAAAGGGAUACAAACUUUGGAGUUUGGAUCAAAGGACAUUCUCCUUCUCAAGAUAUGUCAGUUUUUAUGAAACAGUUUUCCCUUUUAAAACCAAGUUGUUUUCUGAAACUGAUUUAGACAAAACCAAUUCUUUAAAUCACUCAAACUUUUUUGAUGUCUAUGAUCUUUCAAGUGAUAUAAAUCCCGAUGAUGAAGAGAAGGAUUCUAAUGAUUUUGUACCCGAGACACAGCAACACAGUAACUCAAAUGGACCAAUUGAUGUUGCUGACGCUCAGCAGUCAUUUCCCUUUGAUGACAUGGCUAAUGAUCAGCACCAUAGUGAGUCUCAUAUCGAGUCUGUGAAGGUUGAGUCUAGUGGUACAAAUGAUGAAUCAGUCCUUCCUGAGGGUAACCAACCCUUUCUUAGAAAAUCCACUAGACAUGUAUCUGCUCCUAAAAGGUUUAAUGACUUUAUUGUUGGAAAUGCUAAAUACAUUUAUGAUAAAGUUGUUAGCUAUGCUAAUCUGUCUAGUGAAAAUUUGUGUUUUGCUGCAAAUUUAAAUAAAAUGACUGAACCAGUUAGCUAUAAAGAAGCUUGUAAGGAUAAAAGAUGGAUAGAUGCCAUGAAUGAUGAACUCUCUGCUUUAUACAGUAAUGAUACUUGGGACUUAGUCGACCCUCCAAAGGGAAAGAAACCCAUUGGGUGCAAAUGGGUUUACAAAAUCAAAUACUAA